AUUUUCAAAUAAAUAAAAACUUAUUUGAAAGAAAUUGGAUUUGAAAUGUUAUUUAUAAUAAAUUAAAAAUUUUAAACAUAUUAUAUCGCUUUAUUCAUUCACUUAAUAUCUAACAAAAUAUAAGUAAAUGAAAAUAUGAUUUUAGAAUAUUUAUUUUCCGCGCAUAUUCAAGAUUGUGUUGAUAUUUUAUCAGAAAAUGAUAAUUUAGCGUACUAUAGUAUUAAUAUAGAUUUUUUGAAGCUCUUUGAAUCAUUUCCCGAUAUUGGUGAUAAAGUAUUAUGUAGUCCAAUUGAUACUUUACCUGCUUGUAAUAGAGAUAUCAUUAAAGCGCAACAAAAUUUGAUUGAAAAAGAAGAAUAUAAAAAUGUAAUUGUCAAGCUGGAGCAUUGCAGUCUAAAACGAAAUGUCCAUGCAAGGUUUUUUGGAUUACCGGUGUGUCCUGAACUGCAUCGGAUAAUAUUUCCAAAGAAUGUUGAUUUGGGAUGUUUUCUCAAGGUCAAUGAUUCAGGAACAGUUGUACGUGUGACUCAAACAAAAAUGCUAGAGUAUCAAAGGAAAUAUGUGUGUAUGAAAUGUAAAUAUGAGAAUUCGGUAGAAGCAGAUUUUGAAAAUAGAUAUAUCCUAAGGGCUCCCACUAAAUGUGGUAACACAGAGAGUAGGUGUAAAUGUUCAACUUUCACACAAGUAAAUAUGGUGUCCAGAGAAUAUUGUAAGGAUUAUCAAGAAAUUAAAAUACAGGAGCAAGUGAACAAGCUCAGUAUUGGUACAAUUCCUGGCUCCAUGUGGGUUGUGCUAGAGGAUGAUUUAGUAGAUUCAUGUAAGCCAGGUGAUGAUGUUAUCAUUUGUGGUACAGUUAGGCGCCGAUGGCGUCCAUCAACGCAGACUAAACGCUCCGAAGUUGAAUUAGUAUUACAUGCAAAUUAUAUUGAAGUGAGCAAUGCACAAAGAUCAGAAGUUAUUGCCUCAGCUCCAGAUGUUAAGGACUGCUUUGACGAGUUCUGGGAUAAAUAUAAACAUUGCCCUUUAAAGGGCAGGGAUCAAAUACUCGCAUCUGUUUGUCCACAGGUAUAUGGCCUGCACCUUGUGAAGCUAGCAUUACUCUUAACAGUGAUAACGGGAUCAAACCAUACUUUAGAAAAUGAUGAUGAUAAAAAGAACACAUUUAAUGAUGACAAGCACAUCACCAGAGUUCGCGGUCAAUGUCAUUUGUUGCUUGUUGGUGAUCCAGGCACGGGAAAAUCUCAGCUACUUCGAGCGGGAACAGAAUUGACACCUCGAUCAGUGUUCACCUCUGGAGCUGGAAGCACUCGAGCUGGUCUUACCUGCGCUGCACUUAGAGAAGAUGGUGAAUGGCAGCUUGAAGCGGGUGCUCUAGUGUUGUCCGACGGCGGCGUGUGUUGUAUCGAUGAAAUAUCUCACUUACGAGACCACGAUAGAACUGCGAUACACGAAGCUAUGGAACAACAGACUAUUUCUAUUGCUAAGGCUGGUAUAGUUUGCAAACUAAACACUAGAUGCGCCGUCAUAGCAGCUUGUAACCCAAAAGGAAAUUAUCAAACAGAUCAACCUCUGAGUGUUAAUGUUUCUCUCGGAACACCACUGCUAAGUAGGUUCGAUUUAAUAUUCAUUUUACUGGACUCAAAAAACAAAAAUUGGGAUAAGUUGGUGUCAUCUUACAUUUUAUUCGGUGGCGCCAAUUCUUCAGAUUCUAAAAAGCGAUGGAGUAUAGAGAAACUGCAGAUGUACAUAGGAUUGAUUGGGCCACGUCAAAUGGAGAUGACAAAGGCGGCAAAUAGCAUAUUACAGCAUUAUUAUAUGAUGCAAAGAAAAUCUGAGUAUAGAGAUCCAUCUCGAACUACUGUAAGGAUGCUGGAUAGUCUGGUCAGAUUAUCACAAGCACAUUGUCGCCUAAUGUACAGAAAUACAAUUUUACCAGUUGAUGCAAUCAUGGCAGUAUCUCUUGUAGAUAUAUCCAUGCAAGAUUGUACUUUAUCAGACACUGAAGAUGCAUUACAUUCAACAUUUCAUAAAUAUCCAGAUUAUGAGUAUCUGUGUAUGGCCAGAAAGCUAUUAACUCGUUUAAGUUUGGAAGAAAUUUGGCGAGAAGAAUUAUUAUACUAUGCAAAACUACUAGAAGUAGAUCACAAAACAUUAGAAAAUGAAAUAGCUAAUGGGAGUAAUGCACUAUUUGCAAAGUUUGAUGAUGUAGAAGAUAUUAAUGUACCUCUAUCUGCCACGGUAAUCACUAGUUCAUAUUUUAACAAUAAAAAUGAUGGAGUUGGUAAAUCAUGUGUAAAUGAUAAAGAAAACAGAAUCAACAAUAAAUUAGCGAAAACGUUAAUGAAACAUUCAACUCUCAAUAAAAAUGAAAGGAAACUACCUGUUAUACAAAAAAAGGCGACAGCUAAGCGAAAAAGAAAAGAAGUUACAGUUGAUACAAGUGGUCAAAUCACAGAUAUAAAGAGAAUUAAAAGAAAAAAUACCAAAAAGAAAAAGAGUCUCAAUACUAAAGAUGAAUCAGGAAGUGAUAACGAAGAUGUUGAUGUAAAUAAUAUGCUUAAAGCUAUUCCUAGUGUAAAUGACGUUUUUAAUGACCUAGGUAUAGAUUUUAAUGAUAGUAAUGAUAAUUUGGAAGCCCUCGAUUUAGAUGAUAAUGUAACAAACAAUAAACCAUCAAAUCAUGUUAUACCCAAUAUAAAUGAAAAGUCAGAAGAAAUUAAAAUUAAAGAAGAGAAGGAACAACUAGAAGAGUUUGAGGAAGAAAAUGGCAAUAUAAGAAGUGAUAAGACUAGUAACAUUGUAGAUAAGUUAAAUAAUUCAGAAAUAACACCUAACAAAUCAAGCAGUAUAAAUAAACUUAAACAAUUUACAUUUGCUGGCAAAUGUGAUAUCAAUAAAUAUUACGGAGAUAAAUUGAAGCAAGAAUUAUCAGAUAAUGUUCAGAAGAAAAGUAUAAGUGAAUCAUACAAUAAAAAACCGGUGUCCAGUUCACAAAUAUCAAUGUUUGAAAGUGACUGUGAUAUAGAUUUAGACAUAAUAUAAUAUAGUUAUUUAAAGAAAAAUCAGAUAUUAAUAAUCUUAAUGCAAAGAAAAGUUAUCAUGUUUAAAAAAAAAAUUGUGUAUUUUGGGUAUGAUAUUUUUUUUAACAAUAUGUCAGGGUGACAGCUCUUUAUUGCCUCAUUGUUGAUUUUUUUAAGAUAUAAAUUCCAUAGUCAAUAUUAUGUUCAUUUUAUACUUACUGGAAAUACAUUGAUAUAAUGAUUAAUAAUAUGUGAUACAUAUUUUGUGUAAAUAAAAUUCCAGAAUAUGUC